AUGCAGCCGUCCAACGCCCCCUCAGCAGCCGUGGCAGGGCCCGCGUCCGCUUCGCAGGAAAGCAGCGGCGCAACACUACCGCUAUCACCGCUCUUGCCGAAGUCGUUUACUAUGGAACGUGAAGGGCCGCUUGCCGGCACGCCGGCCGCCGCACCGGUGACAGCUUCGUCCGUGGCCAGAACCGUCACUUGGAAUGCCCCAACGUGCAUGUCUGAUGCUCAUGAUUCCGUCAGUGCGGCUCAACACCGCGUCUUCGUCUCUCUGCCCUCCGCCGUUACGUCGCAUGCGGCAUCCACGUCUCCCACGCUGCCGCCACGACGACCACGCAAGUUGGCACUUGCCUCAGCACACAUGCUUGUUGCACCGCAAGGAUCUCACGGAAACGGUGGCGGCAGCAGCGAGGAUCUGCUGUCCGAGCACACCGCCACACCGCCAGCGCCGUCUCACUCGUUGGACGCAGAUACUUCGAGGUUGCGCGACAUGCACAACGUUCCAGACGGUGAACGGCAGCCUUCCAAUGGCCCGGCUCACGGAGGUUUAGGGCCUCACCAUCGGCGCAUGCACACACUGCCAUGGCUGUCAGAGGGUGCGCUGAGUGCUCCAGCGGAGUCUCGGACUGCCAAUCUGCUGCCUCCAGCUCCUCGUCAGGUCGACGCCGCUGCUAUUUCUGAUGCCGAAGAUGCCGUCGUGCGUGCUCGCGCUUUGUCUGUGCCCGCGACAGCAGGGGCCCUAGCCUCUACCAGGUCGUCUGCCAGGCGUGCAAGUGUGCCGUCGCCCCCACCGUCCCCCGAGUUCGAAACCCCUGCUGUGCCGUCCUCUCACCCGUUGACCAAGGAGAACCAGGACAACCUGAGCCCCAGCUACGGCUGCAGUAUGAGUAUCCCGUCGUCAUCGCUGGCAGUUAGUCCUUUCACGCAUCAGUCUUCGUCGCCAAGUCCUACCAUUGUGGCGUGCUGCCCGGCACGGGGAGGCACGGGACAGAAGGCUGUGCAGCGCCACCAGUCUCAAAGUGCGCCACCGAGUACGGUGGCCUGCAGGCUGCUGUCGACAGGGUGCACAGCAGGGUCAGACAUGCCGGUGGUGCUCCGUGCAGGACGUCGCCACUCAUCAUACGUCUCCCGCAGGACCAUGCUGAGCUCUUUUUGCCUCACGGAGGAUGGUGGCGAGAGCAGCGAGGGGAGCGCUACAGCAACGGCUGACACGCCACUAAUGCGAUCCAACACCAAUCGAGCCGCCGCCUUCUCCAGUGCAGCUGCCGCCGCCGCAGCCGCCAUGACCAUGGCUAGUGCCACACCUUACGCGUCACCUUCGCUGAACGCCACGCAACGGUGUCGAAGCGCCUCCGCUCUGAUGCGAUGCGCAUCCAGUUUCUCGAACAGGGAUGACUCCUCUGUAAACGCCAGUGCUGCUGAGGCGGCACUGCUGUCCACACCGUCGAAGCCACCGCCCUGCCCGUCAUGCGCUCUCUUCUCCGCGGUGGUCAGCGAAAUGCAGAACGACAGGGGCAAGGGCAACGGGGAGGUCGCGGCUACGGCGCCCGCCGUGGUGGUGGCAUCUGGGAUGCCUUUGUCGCACCGACUGCUCACAGCGCCGGCGACGGGCGCGCGAGGUGAGGACCUCUCCUGGUUUCUUCCAUCCUUCUCUGAUGGCAAUGCUCAAGGCUCCCUUGCCGCAGCUCCGCAGCAUCUGCGCGCGUGCCUCGCCGCCGAGUGCGACAGCGCCAUGCGUGCCAUGCAGCGGCAAGAGGUGUGGGCGGAGCAGACAGCCGCCGGGCGCGAAGAGCUGCGGCGACAGGUGGAGGGGCAUAUCGUUGCAAAACACCACAGUCAGGCAGAGGGGCUGUGCGAGGAUGCCUCUGCAUGGCGACUGCCACAGGAGGCCCCGUGGCCAGAACAGCAGCUGCUUUCUGGCGAGGCUGUUCUUCUCGACGAUGCCAAGAGCAGCGCGUGUUCUGCUGCUGCUACAACGAUUGCCGUCGCCGGGGAGGCACCGCCGUCGCCGGCUCUCUUCCGACGACUGAUAAGCACUCCAUUGCCCUGCAUGGGGUUCAGGCGGGGGACGGCGACACAGCCUGAGGUACACGCGUUGAUGUCGACUCGCUCUGAGCCCGCUGAAGACGACCAGGAUGCGGUCGCCGUGGUAUCACCUGUAGAGAGGAAGGACGUGGAGGACAGUGCCAUCUUUGAAAAGUCAGGGUUGGCGGAGUCCCAGCGGCGGCCAAGCAGAGGCGAGGCUGCGGCUUCCGUGCCGCUGCCGCCUGGCGCGCCACGGUCUCGCGCGUCUGUGAGCUUCCUGGGCUCAUCCCUGUCGUAUGAGGCGGCAUUGCUGGCUGCAGCGCAGGAGAUGUCGGGAUAG